AUGGCAAGUUCAUUCAUGGAAAGAUUCCGCUUCAAUAUGGAAAAUGUGCCUAAUCGCUUCUCAUUGGAGAAAAUUCGUCAGAAAUCGACCAAAACCUACAGAGAAUAUGCUAGUCGCUGGAGAGAUGAGGUGGCGUGUGUGCAACCACCUAUGACUGAAGCUGAGCUUGUAGCUGCAUUUAUACGGUACCAAGAAGCUGAUUGUUUUGACAAAAUGAUAACUAUGAAAGGGAGCUCCUUUGCAGAUUUAGUCAUCGUUGGAGAAGACAUCGAAGAUGGCCUCAAGACCGGCAGGAUUGUCAGUGUGUUAAAUAGAUCAGGUGCGUCUAGCGCCGUGAGCAACAAAACGAAGAGAGAAGAUGUAGCUUAUGUUUCUAGAGCUACUAGCCCAAAAAGCCGAGGAAAGGAGAUAACCCACAAAAAUCAAGACAACUACCAAUCGCCUCCACCAACCAGCUAUAUAACCACUUCACCCCAAUAUAGCCCAAUGUCUGUAUGCUACGCACAACCUGGCUACCAAGCUCCACAACCAAAUUAUCAAAUACCAGCACCUAGCAACCAAGCUCCACGACCAAAUUACCGAAUGCCAGCACCCAAUAACCAAGCUCCACAAAAUCAGACUUUCCAAAACCAGCCUCCACCAGCAAACUAUGAGGCACCCCAAAAGAAACCUAUGAGAGUAUUCACUCCUUUACCAGAAUCAAGGGCUAGUUUGUUUGCCAAACUAAGAGACGCCGGGCGAAUGAAUGUUGUUCCACCAAAACCUGCUAAUCCCAAGGAUCGAUGGUACAGGACAGAUUUCACUUGCGCCUAUCAUUCUAACCAAGUUGGCCAUACUACCGAAUAUUGCAUAAACUUAAGGCACAAGCUACAAGAUAUGAUUGACAAUCAUGAGCUUAUCCUGGAACCAACACCUCCAAAUGUGGACACAAAUCCUCUCCCGAAGCAUGGAGGGAAUCAAAUUCACAUGAUAGAAAGAGGUGAUGAAUGGGAAGAGAGCCUUGUGAUAAUUCGUCCAGAUAUUGAAGGGUUGGAAAGCACCGUCGCCUCGUUGUCCUUACAAGAGCGAAAAGAAGUGUUAGGCCCUUUGACAAGGAAAUCUGAGAUGUCCCAGUCAUCUGCUAUAGCCAAGAAAGAGCCUUUCGUGCUCAAAUAUCCCUCAACAGUCACUCGAAUUCAGAACGAGCCGUUCGUACUCAAAACAUCAAGGCCAGUUGAGAAUGCACCUUUUGUGAUCAAACCACCACACCUGACGAUGGUCAAUAAAGGAAAAGAGAUACCAACUGUGGUUCAGGGUAUGACCAGGUUUGGAAGGUGUUAUGCUCUAGAAGAGCCUGUGCUCGAAGCGCCACAUCGCGAAAAUCCUCAGAAAAGACCAAUCACUGAAGGCAAAGCCGAAAACUUUUGGAGGCAAAUGCCAGUCAAGGAUUAUUCGAUUGUUGAGCACCUGCAUAAAACCUCUGCCAAGAUAUCGAUAAUGUCAUUAUUACUCAGUUUGUCUCAACAUCGCUUAGCCUUAAUGAAAGCUUUGGAUGAAGUCCAAGUGCCUACUAGCACUACGAGUGAAACAUUGGCCGAGAUUGUGGGGUAUGUUGUACGAGCAUAUAGGCUAUCAUUUUCUGAUGAUGAAUUACCAAGAGAGGGUAAGACCCACAACAAGGCCUUACACAUAACAGUCAAAUGCCGUGACAAGAUUAUCCCUCAAGUGUUGAUUGAUGGAGGGGCUAGGUUGAAUGUAUGCCCCAUGACGACUUUGAAACAACUUGGAUAUGAUGUUGGCAAAAUCCGCCAGAGUCGAACAAAUGUAAAAGCUUAUGAUGGCGCGACCAGCGACCCAAUUGGAGAAAUAGAUCUACACAUAUACAAAUGGGUCCCGCAGAGUUCGUGGUGGAGUUCGUCAUCAUGGAUAUCAAAACAAGCUACAACUUAUUAUUGGGACGACCAUGGUUGCACGCCGCUGGAGUUGUAG